AUGGAAUACAAAGUCGCAAAAUUUUGGAAAGGAGUUGAAUAUGAUCCCGAUGUUAUAAAAUUUCAAAGUUCUGCCACUUCAAGGACCGGUGCUUCAGCAAUGGCAUUUGCUGAAGGUUUAUUCAAUGGAAAGGGACCUUUGGGCACUUGUAAAAGUCAACCUAAUCAAGAUUAUGUGUUACAACCGCAACUUGCCUGUCCACGUUUGGAACCAAAUC